AAGAAAUGGCUUUGAUCGAAUCCAAAACAAAAACGCGUCGCUUUCUCUCUCUUUACUGUCUUUACACACACUCACUCUUUUUCCAUUUCAUUUACUUAGACUACGUUUUUUUCUUUUUUCUUUUUCUUUUUUUUUUUUUUUUUUUGGUUAGCUCCAUAGCAAUGGUGGCUUCCUCUUCCGUCUCUCUGUUUUCUCUUUUCCUCUUUGUGUUCGUCAAUGUCUGUGACCCCCAAAACGUCACCGUUCCCUAUUUGAAGUUGCCGCUUCUUCACAAAACCCCUUUGGCUUCUCCAUCCAAGCUUCUCUAUUAUGACACCUACCGCCUCUCAGUCCUCCGUGGCCGCCAGAGCUUCAAAUCCCCAGUGGUCUCCGGCGCCUCCACCGGCUCCGGUCAGUACUUCGUCGAUCUCCACCUCGGAACCCCACCGCAGAGGCUCUUACUGGUCGCGGACACUGGCAGUGAUCUGGUAUGGGUCAGGUGCUCCUCCUGCAAGAACUGUACCAAUCACGACCCCAGAUCAGCAUUCCUGGCUCGCCAUUCCUCCACAUUCUCUCCCCACCAUUGUUAUGAAUCGUCUUGCCGACUCGUCCCGCAUCCGAAACCCAACCCGUGUAACCGGACCCGGCUCCACAGUCCGUGCCGGUACGAGUAUCCUUACGCUGAUGGGUCCGUCACGAGUGGAUUCUUCUCCAAAGAAACGACGACGUUGAACACCAGCUCCGGGAAAGAAGCCAAGCUGAGAAGCCUCGCUUUCGGAUGCGGGUUUCGGAACUCGGGUCCCAGCGUUUCGGGUCCGAGUUUCAAUGGUGCGAAUGGAGUUAUGGGUCUGGGCCGGGGACCCAUCUCGUUCUCUUCCCAACUGGGCCGGCGAUUCGGGAACAAGUUCUCGUACUGUCUCAUGGACUAUACCUUAGCUCCGACUCCGACGAGUUACCUCAUGAUCGGUGGUGAACAAAACGAAGUCGUUUCCAAAGGUUCGAGAAUGAGCUUCACACCUUUGCAGACCAACCGUUUCUCACCCACAUUUUACUACAUUGGGAUCAAGAGCGCCUUCGUCGGCGGCGCGAAAUUACCGAUUAGCCCCACGGUCUGGUCCAUCGACGAAUCGGGUAACGGCGGCACCGUGAUCGAUUCGGGUACGACCCUCACUUUCUUGCCCGAACCCGCUUACCGAGUCGUCCUGGCGGCGUUUAGACGGCGGGUCAAGAUACCGAGUGCCGCCGAGUUGACUCCGGGUUUCGAUCUGUGCUUGAACGUGUCGGGCGUGUCGAGGCCCAGUCUGCCCAGGUUGAGUUUCAAACUCGUUGGGAACUCGGUGUUUGCUCCGCCUCCAAGAAACUACUUCAUCGACACGGCGGACGGAGUCAAGUGCCUGGCGAUUCAACCCGUUAACUCGGGCGAGGGUAUUUCGGUGAUCGGGAAUCUAAUGCAACAAGGGUUCUUGUUGGUGUUCGAUAAGGAUAAACUGCGACUAGGCUUUUCGCGCCGUGGAUGUGCCGUGCCGUGACUCAAAAUCAAAACGGAGGUCAUGACUCACCGAGUCGGAACUCAUUUUGAUUCUUUUUUGGAUUUUAAAUAAUUGAAUAUUGCUAAAAUAUGAGUAAAUUAUAUUUUUCCUUUUUUUUUUUUUUUUUGUUUUUGGGGCAUAUUACGUGGAUUUGGGUAUUGGAUUUGAAUGUUGUUUCUCAAGACGGCAAACGAAAAGAAUAGAAAAAGAAAGAGAGUUGUUUUAAUCCAAUUUGUUUUUUUAA